UCUAAUCAGGUCAUGCAGGACCUUCAUUUUUGCAUGGAAAAUUUUGCAAUGACAGGCUAUUUAGUUUGACUAAUUGAUGGUUUGGCAUGGAAUUGACCAUUGAACUAACUGACUGACUAACUACUUGCAGUCGUACCCAUCAAUGACGAAUCACCUGAAAUCAGGACUGUACCAAUGGGGUGGUGAUGCAGCAAGUUUUGAGAAAGAGGGUCCCUACAUUGAGCUGGUUACUUCUCCCAAUAAUCCUGAUGGACAUGCAAGAAUAUCCAAGGUCAACAGAAGCCAGGGAUUUUUGGUUCAUGACCUUGCUUAUUACUGGCCACAGUACACUCCAAUAUCAGCACCUGCAGAUCAUGAUCUUACCCUUUUCACUGUUUCAAAAACCACUGGCCAUGCUGGAAUGCGCAUAGGGUGGGCUCUUGUGAAAGACAAAGAAGUGGCAAAGAAAAUGACAAAAUUCAUAGAGCUGAACACAAUUGGAGUGUCUAAGGAUUCUCAACUCAGGGCUGCUAAGGUUUUAAGGGCAGUUUCUGACAGCUGGGAACAAGGAAACUCCAAAGAGGGGGAGUCAUUCUUCAAGUUCAGCCACAAACUCAUGGCAAACAGGUGGAAACAACUGAGACUAGUGGUGGAGCAUAGUGAGUUGUUCAGUUUGCCUAAAUUUUCACAAUCAUUCUGCACUUUUUUCAAACAGGUCUUGGAGCCUCAACCAGCUUUUGUGUGGUUAAAGUGUGAGGGAAACGUGGAAGACUGCGAAAGCUUCCUUCGAGCACACAACAUCUUAACUAGAAGUGGAAAACACUUUGGGGUCAGUCCAAAAUACGUAAGAAUUAGCAUGUUGGAUACUGAUGAAAAUUUUAGCCACUUUCUAGAGAGACUUUCUACCAUAAAGUCGUGAUUGCUGAAAUUUGCUUCUGGGUAAUGUUUGUAUGAUAUUUAGAAGUGUUAGUUUUCUGUAUGAUGGAAAGUGAAACACAGAAAUGCAAUUUUGCUCCUUCUCUUUUUGCUGCA